AUGAUUAACCCAACCCAGAGUCAGAAAAGACCUAUGGAUGAAUUAUCUGAAUCCAAUCAGUGGCUGGAUCUGAAGCUGUCCAAUGGCAAUGAAACCAACCUCAACGUCAACCUGGAACUGCAACUCAGUUUAAUGACCAAUAAAAACAGCAAGAUUAAGAUGAUGAAAAAGAUGAAAACGAGAGGGUAUAAUUGCAAGCAUUGCAACAAGAAGUUUCCAAACUCCCAAGCGCUGGGCGGCCAUCAAAACGCCCACAAGCGGGAGAGAGCCAUCCUCAAGAUGGAAAAGGAAUGGAACGAUCUCAAGGAGGCAGCAGCAGCUUUUGGCUUUGGAUACAAUAACAAUAUUAACAACACAUCAUCCAUCUUUUCCGAUAUACAACAUGACUACUUAUAUCGGUCUGCAUAUCCAUACCCUCAUCAUCAUCCCACCAUGAUCAGUACCUGUACCAGCAUGCAUAUGGCCGCAUUGGUAGCCUCAGCCUCACCAAGGACUAUCCCUAGUUAUGACAUCAAUGGACAAGUCUCUUUGCAAUAUCCUCAACAUUCUACUCCUUCUGCAUCCACCAACACCAACCAUUCUCACCAUGUUCACUUAGCACUCUGA